AUGGGAAACGGACCAUUGAGAAAAACUCGAGCUGUGACAGAGAGGAGACGUCAACAAGGGAGACAAUCCACACCAUCAACAACACUAGAUGGCGCUGUGACUGGACCAUCAACAGACGCUCCAGCAGUGACAGAGGGGAGCCAAAAGCAGGGGAGACAAUUCACAGACGCUAUAGCUGUGAAAGAGAGGAGUCAAAAGCAGGGGAGACAAUCUACACCGAAAUCAACACUAGAUGGCCCUGUGGCUGGACCAUCCACAGACACUGUAGCUGUGACAGAGGUGAGCCAACAGCAGGGGAGACAAUCCACACCGACAUCAACGCUAGAUGGCGCUGUGGCCGGAUCAUUCACAUACGCUCUAGCUGUGACGGAGGGGCGUGAAAAGCAGGGGAGACAAUCCACAGACGCUCUAGCUGUGACAGAGGGGAGUCAAAAGCAGGGGAGAAAAUCCAUACCGAUGUCAACGCUAGAUGGCGCUGUGUCCGGACCAUCUACAGACGCCCAAGCUGUGAUAGAGGUGAGCCAACAGCAGGGGAGACAAUCAACACCGACAUCAACGCUAGAUGGCGCUGUGGCCGGAUCAUUCACAGACGCUCUAGCUGUGACGGAGGGGCGUGAACAGCAGGGGAGACGAUCCACUUCCACAACCACACACAACUACAUAGGUUGUUCAGUAUCCCAGUAUGACCUGUCCAACACCUCUUACACUUCAGUGGGAAAUCACGGUCAUCGAGGCUGUGCAUCACAUGAGUCUCUUCGCAUCAGGAUCAAGCAGCUGAAUGAAGUGUUUAAGGAAACUCACACUCUUCAUAAAGCAGAAGAACUUCUGAAAAGGCACAAGCAUAUGGCAAUUAUUGGAGCUCCUGGAGAAGGGAAAACAAGCACUGCUCUCAAGAUAUGUGAGAAAUAUCUCCACAACAAAUAUGAAGUUGUGUUUGUCGAUAAUUUUGAGAUAUUUGAUGUGGAUACAAUCAUUCAACGAACAUGUAACAUGCUAGUUGUGUUCGAUGAUAUAUUUGGUUCUGUGACGGUUCCUUCUAAUUGGGAGAAAAUACACAAAGUCUCGACUGCCCUGGUUGACGCUUUAUUUCAACAGGAACAUGAUGCCAUGAAGCAGAAAUCAAAUAAGCAAGAAGAGACUCAAGCAGGUGAGAUACAAAACAAUGCCCUCAAGCUCCACUUUAUUUUCUCAUCCAGAAGCUACAACUGGAAUGAAGGACGUGGAAGAAUGCACCAGUUCAAGGUAAAUCUCUUCAAGCCUGAAAGUGUCAUUGAUAUGACCAAGACCGGCCUGACUACCAAGGAGAAGGAAUCCAUUAUGAAUUCGUUCGAGAAAAGAAGUAAAAAAUGUGAUAUCUCAAACCAGAACAAGAACACCAUUACUCAGUUACAAGACAGCAGGUUUGGCUUUCCUCUGAUCUGUCAACUGUAUUGUACCAACCCAGCCUUCCAGAUGCACAACAUAAUUGACUUCUUUCAGAAACCUGUGACCUACCUGAGAGGUGACCUUGACGCCAUUGUCCGUGAAGGCAGCAGCAGGUCGGCAACUCUCAUUCUCCUUGUUCUGUGUGGAGGGAAGUUGGACCUUGUCUCCUUUAAGGCUAAAGAGAAGAAUCUCACCAAUCUGUUUCAGGCUGUGAAGGAGGAGAUAGCGUCUUGCACUCAAACAGACAUUGGCAAAGACAUUCGCAACUUUACUGGCACUUAUUGUAGGGUGGAGAAUCAUGUAGCCUCCUUCUCUCAUCCAUCAAUCUAUGAUGCUGCAGCAUGUGCCUUGGGGAAUCUCAAUGAAGUCUUUGUACUGGAACAUUGUUCUCUGCAGUUUUUACUUGAAAAAGUAAGGCUCAACAAGAAUGGUGACCUGCAAACAAGCUACACUGAUAAUGUCACAAACAUGAUCUACAUCACCUCAAGUCUGCACCCGUUAGUGAUCAGCAGAUUGGUGGAGGGCGUCCGAGAAGGGUGCUUCAGAUGGACAGUAGGCCACCCUGUAUUCAGCUGUGUUCAAAUAGUCUCCGACUUCUUGACACAGAUGACGCCAGACUUGCCAGAUGUUGUUCACAGGAAGGAUAAGAGCUCAGGUGAAUGUUUUCUGUAUUGGGUUUCACUGUCAACUAACCAUUCACUGUUUGAACGAUCAGUGUCACUGAUGUGUAGAGAGGGAAGCCUUUCACAUUCUGUACUCGCUGACUUCUAUGAGAGUAUCAUAGGCUGUACACAACAUGGCAAUCUCAGGCAUCUUAAACAUAUUGCUGUUGUACUCAAACAACAAGGGGAAUACGAUGUAGACAGGAGGACAAAUGGAGAGAGGACUCUGCUGAUGAUUGCUGCUGAGGCAGGACAGUUGGGUGUGUUCAACUUCCUCCUCCAAGAAGGCGCUGAUGUUUCAGUGACAGACGAAGAUCAUUAUAACUGUCUUCAUCUUUCAUGUAAAUCAGGAAGCAAAGAUAUAGUAAAUGUUAUCAUUGAGAAGUUUCAACAUCUGGUCAAUGGUCGUGACAGAAAGGGAAACACUCCUGCAAUGUUGUGUGCCAAGUCAGGGCAGGUUGAACUCCUCAAGUGUUUUGUUUUACACAAAGCAGAUCUUACUAUCAGGAAUGAUAACAAAAUAAACACUUUCGACAUAGCAUGUAUAAACGGCCAUGUAUCAGUUGUAGAAUAUCUGCUGACAUGUGAACACAUGAGCAUCCACAGAAGAGACAGAUGGUGGAAACUAACCAAAGGUAUGCAGGCAGCUGGAGCAGAUCUGUCACUUACUGAUGGAGACAACAUGGACUGCCUGAUGUUGGCAUGUUUUGGAAAUAAGGUGUCUGUAGUGAAACAACUGCUGUCCUUGAAAACAUUUGACAUCAACAGACGAAAUGGAUCACGGAAACAAACAGCAGUUAUGAUGGCAGCUAGCAGAGGACAAUAUGAUGUUUACAUUCUUUUUGUGUUGGAGGGAGCUGAUCUGUCACUUACUGAUGAUGACGACAGGGACUGCCUGAUGCUGGCAUGUACUGGAGGGCGCUGA